AAAACCUAUUUUCCUUAAUAUUUUUUCACAAUAGACUAUUGGAAGCAGAGUAUUAAAGUUUCAUUAUUAUAUACAAUGAACUUAAUAUUUCGAAAAGCAUGUCUUUUGACAAUUUUCCUUCUGGGAUUGAAAUAUCAAUGUAUAUUGGCUCAGAAUAGGAUAAUAGGGGGAAGUGAAGGCACAAUGAAGAAAUUUCCUUAUAUGCUAUACAUGCAAAUAGGAAGAAAAUCUACUAAUUUAGCUGGUCCCUGCGGUGCUUCAAUAAUUAGCAAAGAUUGGGGACUCACAGCUGCACAUUGCUUCUCUAAUCCUGACACAGAUUAUGAUAAAAUAUUUGUAAUUGGUGGUACUGCUGACCUGAAUAAUCCAACGUAUAAUUCAAUUCAAAAUAAAGUAUCAAAAGUUAUUGUUCAUGAACUUUUUAAAGGUGUCGGGGCAAGUGGUAUAAAUAUUACAGCCGAUAUUGCUCUCAUUAAAUUUGAUCCACCUUUGACGUUCAAUGACGAUGUAAAACCGGCCAAAUUGCCAAGCAAGUCGCAUCCUCCAAAAACUGAUUAUGCUUCAGUUUCAGGAUGGGGGAAUAUUAAAGUUGGUGGGCCAAGUUCUGAUAAAUUACUUUAUGUUACCCUGCCAAAAGUGGAUAGAGAAAAAUGUAAAAAAGAAUUACUUAUGAGAACACAAAUUGUACUGAAACCGGGAGAAAUAUGUUAUGGAUAUUUUAAUGCAACUACUGUUCACGAUAAAUGUCAAGGCGAUUCAGGAGGUCCACUUGUUAAUUCGGACAGAGUACAACUUGGAAUCGUAUCAUGGGGUAUUUAUUGUGGAACAUCAGGAAUUCCUGGAGUUUAUACGGAUGUUCGUUAUUUCCGCGACUGGAUCAAGCAAAAAACAGGAUUAAUAAUCUAUCGAGCGCAGAAUAAUAGUGAAUCAUUUGCAAUGAACUUCACUUUUCGAAAAAUUUGUCUUUUGUUAAAUUUCCUAUUUGCAUUGAAAUGUCAAGUUAUAUUGAGUCAAAAUAGAAUAAUAGGAGGAGAUGAAACAUCAAUCGAAAAAUUUCCAUAUAUGUUACGUCUUCAAAUAGGUAGAAAAACUGGACACCGAAGAAGUGUCUGUAGUGCUGCAAUUAUUGGCAAAGAAUGGGGAAUUACAGCUGCACAUUGCUUUGAUAACCCGGAUACAGAUUUCAAUAAAAUACGAGUAAUUGCUGGUACCACUGAUAUAAAAGCUUUAUCAAAUACUGCUGAAAUACGCAAUAUAAUUAAAGUCAUACGACAUGAACUUUAUGAAGGCAUAAAAGUUCAAUCAAAUAUUGUAGCCGAUAUUGCUGUUAUUAAAUUCAGUCCACCUUUUAAUUAUAAUAAUGUUAUACAACCAGUGAAAUUGCCCGAAAGGGGUCAACCUUUAAAAACUGACUUUGCUACAAUCACAGGAUGGGGAGACAUUGAACCAGGUGGUCCAAGUUCGGCGACAUUAAGAUUCGUCAACUUGCCAAAGAUAAAUACUGAAACUUGUAGAAGGAAAUACCUUGAAAAUGGAAUAAAAUUGAGAUUGGGAGAAAUAUGUUAUGGAGUUAAUGAUGGAACAGUAAUUCAGGAUAAAUGUCAAGGUGACUCAGGUGGUCCAUUAGUUAACUCGGAUAAUCGGGAUAUUGGAAUAAUUUCUUGGGGUAUUUCUUGUGGAACCAUUGGACUUCCUGGAAUUUAUACUGAUAUUCUCUUUUUUCGUGAUUGGAUUAAAAGUAAAACGGGAAUAUAA